AGUCAAUCAUAUCUAGGCGAAGAAGGGAUACUCAUAAAUCACAGAGAGAUGUUUUCUGUGUAAUAUCUCCGAGAAGAAGUGAAAAAAAUAGUGAUGACAUCAAAAAGUGUGAGAAACUUAGAACGUUCCAAUCUCAUUGUCAUCAAUCCAGUGCCAAUAGUAACACCGACAAAUGACAAUAAUUCAAUAAUUCCAACGUCAAAGCUCUUGAUAUCAAAGAACAUGAAAAAUGUGAUGAUCAGUGAUGAUGAUUCAUCAUCUCCGAAGAUGGUUUAUUCUAAAUCGAAAGGUUAUAAUAGAUUCAGUAGAUUUGAAUCAGAAUCCUAUUCUGAUAGUGAUUCAGACAGCAGUGACUACAGAAAUGAUAGAAGUGAUGAUUUUAUAUGCUCAGAUGAAAAGGAGAUUCUUCGUGGAAGUGAUUUUUCGUCUGUUGAAAUAAAAAAACAACACACAGAUUUGUUUUGUUCGAGUGUUGUUUCUAAUUCGGCUGGAGAGUUGGAAGAUGAUCUUAAAUUGGCAUCUUGUGAUGACAAACUACACACAGACAUUUCUGCUGAAAGAAAUGAUGAUAAUAUUGUAGUGAUAAGUUCACCUGACAAAAACAAAACAGAAAUUGUGGAGGAACAAUUAGUAAUCAGUGAUGAUAAAGAAAUUAGCUCAUGUAAACUUAGUGAUGAUUUGAAGCCAUCCACUGAGAACAUUUGUAGUGAUAUAUACAAGAGAGAACAUAUAAAUAAUCAGGAAAGUUUAUCAAAAACAGUGCAUAAAGAUGAUUGUGGCAGUGAAAAAGUAGGUGAUCAUAGAAAAGAAAAAGGAAGUGAUUCUGACUCAUUAAAAAAUCAUUGGGAUAAAAUAUCAGAAAGGAAGGAGAUUUCAUUUAACAGUUCAAAAAACGAUUCAUUUCAAUCGAAGUAUCUUGGAUGGGAUUUACGGAUGCAACUGAAUUGCAAUAACAAGUCUCGUUCUCCUUCAGUCAAUUCUUUGUCUAGUAGAAGCCAUAAAAGCUUAAGUCGAAGUAGAAGUCCAAGUCCCGUAUUGAAAUCAGUACUAAGUGUUGUAAAGCAAGUACCAGAAAGAAAAUCAAGAUCUGAAAGAAGAAGUAGAAGCAAGAAAGAUCAGUCAAUCAUAUCUAGGCGAAGAAGGGAUACUCAUAAAUCACAGAGAGAUGUUUUCUGUGUAAUAUCUCCGAGAAGAAGUGAAAAAAAUAGUGAUGACAUCAAAAAGUGUGCAUCAUCCACGGAAGAAGCAAGAAAAUUACCCAUCUACAUGAGAUUAGGAGUCUCUGUUAAGAAUAUACAUAAGAGCUCGAAAAGAAAUAGCAGUUCUUCACCGUCCGAAGAUCACCACAAGGAGAAAAGGAUCAAAGUUAUCAAAUGCUCUACUUCCGACUGCGAGAAACAGAGGAGGGUCACCUUUUCCCGCUCUGACGACGACCGAUACCACAGCAAACACCACAAAGAAAAUUCCGUCACAGAACACAAGAAAAAGUCGUCGGAGAAGAAAUCAGGGAGAAAAGAAAAAAGAUCUCACUUGCACAGGAAACGGUGAGAAUCAGGUUUUAAGAGAUGCAAAAGUCAAGUAGUGAUGCGAAAAAAUGGAGAAUCUGUGAAGCAUUUCAAUUCAGAAGAAGAAGAAUGUGGAACAAUUUUUUGGGAUAUUUUUUUUGUUUGUUUUUUUACGCUGACGUAAGGGAAAAUCGCGGAUUUAAAAUUAGUAUUUAAGCAUUCCCACUUUGUAAAUAUGUAAAUAAAGUAGCUUGUUUUAAAGGAAAAAAAUCUAUUCGAUCUGUACAGAUUUCAUCCAUAUUUUGUAGAUCAUGUACAUAUGUAAAUUGCAUUAAAUCGUGUACUUAUAAAUUUUUAAA